AUGGCGCUUUCCUCUCGCGUUAUCCUCGCUCUCUUCUUUGCGAGCCUCAUUGUCCCGGUGUGCUUCGGCGCUGCCCCCAGCGACAGCGCAGGCGUCGCGGUCGAGGAGGACGCCGAAGCGAUGUCGCGUGCCAAGGAAGAGUACGCACCCGCGGCUCCUCAGGAUGACGCUGUGGAGGGUGACGAAGCAUUGGCGGAGUUGGAGGGAAAAGAAGACGCUGCAGAAGGGGAAUCAGUCAAGAUAAUGGGUGCGGACCGGGGCGCGCUCUACCACAUCCAACCGCUGGUCAAGCAGGCCCGGUCCUUCGUACGAAAGAACAAACCCGCUGCCAUCGGCGGCGGUGUCGCUGCUGCCUUGGCUCUCAUCACUCUGUCUGCGUUGCUGUUCUCCGGUGGUAGCUCCGACAAGUCCAGUGCCCCGUCUAGGGGUGCUCUUCCCACGCGCGUCGCCUUCGCAGCUAAGAACAAAGGAAUGAUGGCCCUCGGCGCCCUCGCUGCCGCCGCAGCUGUGGCUGCCUUGUACUUCCUUUCAAACAGGGGUGACGGGUUGGCGAGUCCGCCCCUCCAGUGA